AUGAGAAAAAGCCGUUGAAGAUUCUUACUCCGCUUACCUGCGAGGAAUGCGGCAAGAGCUUCUCGAGGAUCGAUAGUCUCAAAAGACACAAAAAGCUAUACUGUAAAACGAGAUUCAUGCGCCGCCCAUUUCCGGUACAAACUCCGGCAGAAAGUCCGGCACAAGAUUGAAGAAAUCAUUGUCUCUGCGCAAUUACAUAAAGAACGAGAAUGAGCAGUGUAUGGUGAAGAGCACUGACGAGGAACCGGAAGUCUGCGAGGUGCCCUUUCAUGGCCAGCUUAACUAUCUGCUCUGUGACUCGCCGAUCCUGAAUAGCGUGGAGGCAAACGUGGUGCAGAAAAACGCCAAGUCCUGCCAGCAAUUUCGUUGCGACGGCUGUGGCAGAGCGUACACGAGGGUUGACAGCCUGAAACGUCAUCAACAGAAGUGCGACGAGUAUCUGGCGUCGUUCCAGGAUCGGCAGGAGGCACUGGAGAGGCUUCAGCAACAGGAAUACUAUUGUAACCAAUGCGGCAAAUCGUACAGAAGGCAAGAUACUUUGCGCCGGCAUCAGCGACAAGUGUGCGGUGACAAAGAGAGCAACAAUUCUUCAAAAGUAGAUAAGAUGAGCUUAUAAAGAACAAAUCUGAUCGCGAUAUCGGUCAGUUUUAGAGAAUAGAAAGUUAGAGUGUCAGUUACGAUGAGAUAAAAUGAUAUGACUCUGUGAACGGAUUCUGAACUAAUUCUUGCUAAAACUGUCGAUAAAAGUGUCAGCUAAUUUAUUAUAGUUUAAAUGCGCUUUCAAAAGAGUUACACUAAUGUAGCGUAUUAAAUGACUGAUUUCCUCGUAAUCGAAUUGUAGCGGAUUAUUAAUUGCGCGAUAUUGACUCGCUUCAUUAAGAAUGUGAAACAAUUCGAGAUGGAGAGAAAAAGAGAGCGAGCGAAUGAGUGUGUAUGUGUGUGUGUGAGAGAGAGAGAGAGAGAGAGAGAGAGAGAAAGAAAGAGCGAGCUCUAUGUGUUUUAUUGUAUACAGUCGAUGAGAGAUUUAGCUUCAUAUUCUAUAUAAAUUUUAUUAGAUAUGUAAUGACAUUUACGAGAUAAGCACAAGAUCCAAAAAAAUAAUGCAUGUAAAUAAAUCUCUGUAUUGUUCUCAUGCGCGAUAAAAAAAAGUCUAAAUAUUUAUAUAGAUUUCGUCCAGCUUUUCGGCAAUCACUGCCAAUGCAAAUUAAUAAGAAUUAUUAGAAUUUUUUUUACCUCACAUAAAUUAUAUAUAUCUCAUAUUAAAUAUCACCAGCAAAUUUUUCCUUUUAAGCAGCGAUUAUAAGUCUCUUGUCAGACAAUAUAAGAUCAAAAUAAUGUAAGUUAUACGGAUAUACUUUAUUUUAUGUAUUGUAUUCUACUUCUACGCAUAAUUAAGUUUUUUUUACAAAGACAUUAUAAAUAUAAGGAUAAAAAUCAUGGAUAUGUACACAUGAAAAGAACGAUUGUCAAAUUUAAUUUCUUUGGAAUAAUCGCGACAAUAAUAUCUGUGUAACAAAUAAAUGAUUAUUUAAAUGUCGAAAACAGUGAUGCCGCUUUUCCUGUGUGCUUCGAUCUCAAGCGUGAAAUAACGAUUAUAGAAAUUCGAUUACAAAUUGAAACGCUAUCGAUUAAAUUGAAUAAAUUGAAAGUACCAUUGACACACAA